CACGCCAAAGUCUGGCAUCUCUACAAUGAUCAUUUUCGUCCAUUUCAAGGAGGCCAAGUGUCCAUUGCCCUCAGCUCCCACUGGAUAAAACCUCAAACUAUGACAGAACAAGACAUACAAGAAUGUCAAAAAUCCCUUGACUUUGUGCUGGGCUGGUUUGCUAAACCCAUAUUUAUUGAUGGGGACUACCCUGAGAGCAUGAAGAGUAACCUCUCAUCUCUGCUGCCUGAAUUCAGUGAUGCAGAGAAGAAGUACAUCAAGGGAACAGCUGACUUUUUUGCUCUUUCUUUUGGAGCAACUCUGAGUUUCCAGCUCUUGGACUCUCAGAUGAAAUUCCAUCAGUUGGAAUCACUAAGCCUGAGGCAGCUCCUUUAUUGGAUAAGCUGUGAAUAUAACAAGCCCAAAAUAUUCAUUGUGGAGAACAGCUGGUUUGUCUCUGGUAGCACCAAGCGUGAUGAUGCCAAGUAUAUUUAUUAUCUCAAGAAGUUCAUUAUGGAAACUUUAAAAGCCAUCAGAUAUGAUGAAGUUGAUGUCUUUGGGUACACCGUUUGGUCCCUCAUGGAUGGCUUUGAAUGGCAUAGAGGAUACAGCAUUAGACGUGGAUUAUUUUAUGUUGAUUUUCAAAGCCAUGACAAGAAGUUUUUGCCAAAGUCUUCAGCUUUGUUCUACCAAAAGCUAAUAGAGAGAAAUGGUUUUCCGCCUUUGCCUGAGAAUCAACCCAUAGAUGGGAGGUUUCCCUGCGACUUUGCUUGGGGAAUUGUUGAUAAUUACAUUCAGGUAGACACAACCCCCACCCAAUUCCUUGACACUAAUGUAUACAUGUGGGAUGUUCACCAUACUAAGAAGCUUAUUAAAGUUGAUGGAGUUGCUACCCCAAAACGUAAGCAUCACUGUGUUGACUUUGCUGCCAUCAGGCUCCAGAUCUCGCUGCUGCAGGAAAUUCAUGUCACGCAUUUUCAUUUUUCACUUAAAUGGUCUUUGAUUCUCCCUUUGGGUAACCUGUCUCAAAUCAACCACACAUUCCUGCACUAUUAUCAGUGUUUUGUUAGUGAACUUCUCAGAGUUAAUAUAACUCCUGUUGUAGCUUUAUGGCAACCUAUGGCUGAGAACCAAGGGCUUCCUGUUGUGCUAGCCAAAUAUGGAGCCUGGGAGAACCCAGAGACUGUUCAAGCCUUUGUUGAGUAUGCCAAGCUCUGCUUCAAAAGUCUUGGCCACCAUGUCAAAUUUUGGAUUACAAUGAAUGAACCCUAUGUGGGGAACCUGACAUACUCUGCAGGACAUAAUCUGUUGAAAGCCCAUGCUAAAGCCUGGCACCUGUAUGACAAAGAAUUUAGAAGAUUUCAGAAAGGUAAAAUAUCUAUAGCUCUGCAAGCUGAUUGGGUAGAGCCAGCCUGUCCUUUUUCCAAAAAUGACCAAGAAGUUGCUGAUAGAGUUCUAGAAUUUGACAUUGGCUGGCUUGCUGAGCCCAUCUUUGGGAACGGUGACUAUCCACAUGUGAUGAGAGAAUGGCUUCACCAAAGAAACAGCAUUGAUUUAUACAAUUUCCACUUGCCUUAUUUCUCUGAAGAAGAAAAGAAAUUAAUCCAAGGCUCAUUCGAUUUUUUAGCCUUAAGUCAUUACACUACUAUUCUUGUGGACUGGGAAAAAGAAGAUGCACUGAAGUAUGAUCACUAUCUUCAAGUUCAAAUGAUAAAAGACAUCACAUGGCUGAACUCUCCAAGCAGAGCCGCAGUGGUGCCCUGGGGACUGCGCAAAAUGCUCAAGUGGGUUAAAUCAAAGUAUGGGGAUGUCCCAGUUUAUAUUACAGCCAAUGGAAUUGAUGAUGAUCAAAAUAUGGUUCAAGAUAAACUGAGAGUAUAUUACAUACAAAAUUAUAUCAAUGAAGCUUUAAAAG